AUGUAUUUGAUUUUAAACACGCAAACCGUAUCAAAACAGAAAAUCAGUUUUGAUUUUUUCCAGAAGGAAAAAAAAAAGAGAAAAAAAAUUGAUAACAAGAAGGUAGAAAAUGACGAAAGGGGAGCUGGAAAAGAAGGAAGUUUACCACCGUUCGGUCGCGAAGGAGAAGGGCAAAAUUUGACUGAUGAAAGAAUAGCCCACAUAUUAUCCGAAGCGUCGCAUAUGAUGGUUAAAAAUUCAAUGAGUUCCCACCACGAAGAUCAAAAUAGCCACGAAGAAGAUUCUAAAUCUCCAAUGAAUUGUUCAUCACCAAUGUCGACAAAAGAAAACAGUUUGUCCAGAAGACUUAAAAAGUAUGAAAACGACGACAUUCCGCAGGAAAAAGUCGUUAGAAUAUAUCAAGAAGAACUAGCAAAAUUAAUGGGAAGAGGACCGGGAGGACCUCAUCCUUUUCCGAGUUUAUUAUUUCCACAUUUUUUCGGAGGACCCCCAGGAUCAAUGGACAGAUCUCAGGAAGACAUGCGAAUGGCUUUAGAUGCAUAUCAUAGAGAACUAGCUAAGCUCAAUACCUGUCCAAGUCCGGGACUUCCAAGUUUGUUAGCUCUUCAACAGCAAGCAAUGCACCAAACUACUCCAUCACAACAACAAAACGGUGGAGCCCAAGAUUUGUCGUUACCAAAAGAAAGAAAAUCCGAAACUCCUGGUCCACCUAGCACUCCAGGAUCGACUUCCGAUCGUCCCGGUACGGCUCAAAGCCACAAAAUGGUAAAUGGAGUAGUCGAACCGUCGGAAAAUGCAGAAAAAGAUAGAGAUCGAGACUUGCUGAAAAAAGAAGGUAACAUCAUGGAAUCUGCUGUUGCAGAAGCUAUGCGACAUGCGGGAUCAGCGUUUUCCCUAGUUCGUCCUAAGACUGAAUCGGAAUGGCAACAACCUUCGACCGGAUCGACGGCAUCUUCACCAUUAUCCAAUUCGAUUCUUCCUCCUGUACUAAACCCAACUGAAGAUCUCGUUACAUCAUCUGCUGCGAGUCCACUACAGCGAAUGGCAUCCAUUACAAACAGUUUAAUAUCGCAACCCACUAUUCCCUCACAUCACGCAACUAAUCAAAGACCUCUUAAAGCCGUUCUUCCUCCUAUAACGCAACAGCAAUUCGACAUGUUUAAUAAUUUGAACACAGAAGAAAUUGUGAAGAGAGUAAAGGAACAACUUAGCCAAUAUUCAAUUAGCCAAAGAUUAUUUGGCGAAUCCGUUUUGGGUUUAUCUCAAGGGUCGGUUUCUGACCUUUUGGCUAGACCUAAAUCUUGGCACAUGCUUACUCAGAAAGGAAGAGAACCGUUUAUACGAAUGAAAAUGUUUUUAGAAGAUGAAAAUGCCGUUCACAAGUUAGUUGCAUCACAGUACAAAAUAUCACCUGAGAAAUUAAUGCGCACCGGAGGAUACGGAGGAGCAACGAUAAAUCCUUCUCCGAUACCACCAAAGCAUCCAUUGCCACCGACUUCAAAACACGGUGAUCAAUUAAGCAAUAUGGCUGCUAACAUAUUGCAAGCUCAGCAACAGCAUCAGUUGGAACAAAGAGAUAGAGAGCAAAGAGAAAGAGAGCGAAAAAAUAUUGAACGUGAGAGAGAAAUAAUGAGAGAAACAAUAUUGCCACCAUCGUUGAACAUCAUUCCUCCUUCGAGUAAUAGCAUGUUAGGAUCACCUCCUUCUCUGGGUGGUCUCAUGGUAGCCAAUGAUCUCAAAAAAGGACUCGCACCCGCCUCAAUGCCACCGCAGCCGCAUCAGUUGACUAAUAUGCGAGCUUUGCAUCAACAUAUCUCACCUAGUGUUUAUGAAAUGGCAGCUUUGACGCAGGACUUAGACACUCAAAUCAUUACCACUAAAAUUAAAGAAGCUUUACUGGCUAAUAAUAUUGGUCAAAAGAUAUUUGGCGAAGCAGUUUUAGGUUUAUCGCAGGGAUCAGUUAGUGAAUUGUUGUCUAAACCAAAACCUUGGCACAUGUUAAGUAUAAAAGGUCGAGAACCUUUUAUUCGGAUGCAGCUGUGGUUGUCCGAUGCACAUAACAUCGACCGACUUCAAGCUCUUAAAAACGAAAGGAGGGAAUUGAAUAAAAGACGUAGAAGUUCCGGUCACGGAGGUGAUAAUUCAAGUGACACGAGUAGCAACGACACUUCUGAAUUUUAUCACUCGGCAAGUCCGGGACCUGGACCACCUUCGGCGAAAAAGCAAAGAGUUUUGUUCAACGACGAACAAAAAGAAGCUUUACGCUUAGCUUUUGCGUUAGAUUCAUAUCCAAAUGUAGCUACUAUAGAAUUUUUAGCUAACGAAUUAGGUUUAUCUCCUAGAACAAUCACAAACUGGUUUCACAAUCAUCGCAUGAGACUAAAACAACAAGUCCCUCUUCCGCAAGAAACGAAUCCCAGUGUACAGCGAGACCCACAACAACCGUUCGAUCCCGUGCAAUUUAGGGUUCUCUUAAACCAAAGACUUUUAGAAGUACAAAAAGAAAGGCUUGGUCUUGGUAGUGUGCCACUUCCCUACCCGCCGUAUUUUGCUAACAAUAAUUUAGCUACAUUAAUUAGUAGAGGACUGAUAUCGCCGGAGUGCGAAAAUAUAUUAGCAAAUGUGGCCAAGGAACAGUUUGGUGGAUUAGAUUUAAGCAUGAGUGGAUUAAAAAGGGAACCUUACGACGAUGAAGACAUGGGAAGUGAAUUAGGUAGUGAAGAUUCAAAUUUAUCAUCGGCUAGCAUGAGAGACGUGAAAAAAGAAGAGGGAGACGACGUGGAAGAAGAAAGAACCACAGCAUCAACCGGUCAGAAUAGAAGUUCGAGACGAAAACCGGCAGCGCCUCAAUGGGUAAAUCCAGAAUGGCAAGAAGAAAAAAAAAAUUUGGAAAACGAAGUUAUCAUUAACGGUGUUUGCGUAAUGCAAACGGAUGAAUUUUCAAGAGAAAAAGAAGAGGAAACGGUUCGAGUCGAACCAACUGCCGUGAUGGACAGGUACGAACAUUCGGACGAAAGUUCAGACGAGCAAAACAACGAAAGAGAGGCUGAAACGAAUACCGUGGAAAACGCAGAAAAAGAUCAAUAA